AUGAGUCACAGCCUUAAUAUAUCAAACAGCUUCCCACCCGUCAAACAGAAGCAGAGGAGGUUCGCUCUCGAAGUAAACCAGGUCAUCCAAGAGGAGGUACAACAGCUUCUGAGCACAGGGGCAAUCGAAGAAUGCCUAUAUCCCAGUUGGCUAGCCAACCCCAUCGUGGUCCCAAAGAAGAACGAGAAAAAGAGACCAUUCUUGCAAUGCGUAAAGAAAUCCACCAACACCACCUGGGGAACAGAACAAAGUAAAGCAUUGGAAGAGUUGAAAGCUUAUUUGAGCUCUCCUCCUAUAUUGAGCUCCCCCGUCGCCAAUGAAGAUUUAUUCUUGUAUCUGUCUGUCUCACACUUUGCUGUGAGUUUCGUGCUCUUCCGAGAGGAGGCUAGUCGUCAGAAGCCAGUGUUCUAUUGCAGCAAGAUGCUUCUAAACGUUGAAACUCGCUACAGCAUGAUGGCAAAAUUGGCACUCGCACUCAUCACAACAAAUAAGAAGCUACGGAAAUAUUUUGAAAGCCACGCCAUCAUUGUAUAUACGGACUAUCCACUGAAGCAAGUGUUAAGUAAACCCGAUCUCUCUGGAAGGUUAUCUAAAUGGGAAAUUGAGCUAGGGACGUAUGAUAUACGAUUCUUGCCACGAAAAGCAAUGAAAGGACAAGUACUUGCUGACUUCCUGGUCGAAAUACAAUCAUUCACCCCAGACACCCUGCCUAAAUUGUUAGAAUCAGAAGAUGAAUGGGUGUGGACAAUACAUACGGAUGGGGCAUCCAAUUCCCAAGGAGUCGGUAUUGGCAUCAUAUUAGAGGCUCCCUCAGGCCUCAAAAUUGAGGAAGCCAUUCGUUUAGAACAGUUCACAACGAAUAAUGAAGCGGAGUAUGAGGCUCUGAUCUAUGGUUUAGAACUAGCACGAGACAUAGGCAUUAAACGUCUGAGUGUCAGAGGAGAUUCACAGCUUAUGAUAGAACAAGUGGCCGGGAAUUUCAAUACCAAAGCGCCCCAUCUGGUUAGCCUACUACAGAAAGUAACUGACUUACGGUCACAUUUCCACCAGUUUGAACUCGUACAAGUACCGAGGGAACAAAAUCAGAAGGUCGAUGCCCUCGCCAAAUUAGCCUCUGCAGGGGACUGUACACGACAAUCCUCUAUAUCCAUAAGCCGAUCAAUCAAAGCUCUGGAAGUCUACUCAACCUCGUCAGAACCCGAGUGCUGGAUGGACCCAAUCAUUCGAUACUUGUCCACCUCUGAACUACCCCCUCAUCCAAAAGACGCAAAGCUUCUGCGCCUUCGAGCACAACGUUAUUCCAUAAUCCAUGGAACGCUAUACCGUAAGUCCUUCGAUGGCCCCUAUCUUCGGUGUUUGCGUCCAUCAGAAGCUAAAAAACUGUUAGAAGAGAUACACGAGGGAGCAUGUGGAAAUCACACGGAGGGGUCGCAGUCUGGCACACAAGGCACUUACAGCAGGGUACUACUGGCCGUACAUGAUGAUAGAAGCACGUGA